ACGUAAAGUGCGUCUGCGCUUUGAUAACAUCUAGAUUUUAAAACUUCAUACAUACAAUUGAUAUUUCAAAGGUUAAUUGGUUUCAAAGUGAUUAAAGUGUUUUAAAAAAAUGUUACUUGAAACGUGGAAAUCAGCAGAUGAAAUUGUGAAAAAAGAAAUAAUAAAAUAUGGCAUUUUUUGUAAAAAAGCAACUGAAUGCGCUAGUUGCGAAAUUAUUAUUGAAAAAAUAGAUGCUAUCAAUGCAUCUAUAGAAGAUUUGAGCAAAAAAUUUAAUUCAGAAAUUUUAAAUGGUAAAAACAAAAAGAGGUUAAUUAUAGGUGAAGGAAAUUGUGAAAUAGAUCGUCAAAUUGAACGAGCACUUCAAAUGAUGAUGAUUUCAGAAAAAAGUUUAAUUACAUUAAAUAUAUUGCUUGAAGACAUUAAUUUACAUGUUAUAUUUGAAGUAACAUUAACUGAAAUUCAACCAUAUAAAUCAAUUUGGGAAUGGACACCAGAAGAAAAAUAUAAUAUAGCCUUAAAAUAUAAAGAAACUGGUGUAUAUUUAUUUAAGGAACAAAGAUGGGUGGAUGCAUUUUAUAGAUUUAGUAGAGCUUGCAAAAUUCUUAUAACAUUAGAACCAAUACGAGAUUUAGAAUUAGAUAAAGAAUUAGAAAAUAACAUUAAUAAUUUGAGACUUGUAUUAUAUAAUAAUAUGGCUGGAUGUCAAUUAAAUCGUAAGAAUUAUGAAUAUACAAUAUCUUUAUGUAGUAAAGUCUUGUCUAAAGAAAGCAAUAAUGUUAAAGCAUUAUAUAGAAGAGGGGUUGCACAUGGAAGAUUAAAAGAUCUUGAAAGAGCUGUUCCUGAUUUAAAAAAUGCUAUUAAUUUAGAACCACAUAAUCAAACAAUAAAAGAACAAUAUUUAUUAUAUAAUACAAAACUGCAAGAGGCAAAUCAAAAAUUUGAAAAUAUGGUGAAGAGAAUGUUUAAAACUUAAAAUGAUAUUAUUAAAUUUAUUUACAAGAAAACCAAAAAAAUAGUUAUUUUAUGGAUAAAAAAAUAAAUGUUUAUUUUUAUCUACAAUAAUUUACAUUAUGAAUAAUCUAUUAAGAUUACAACAAAAAAAAAAUUUGCUACAAUAUGUAACUUUGUAUCCAAUAUGUUUUUGCAUUAUUAUUAAAUAAUUUUAUUACUGAAUUAUGUUUAAGGGUAUUGAUAUCUAUAUAUGUCAUAUUGUUAAACAAUUAACUUUUGAAAACAGAUUUUAUUAUUAAUACUAUUUUAUGUUAUAUUUAUAAAACAUAUAUUAAAAUAUAUUAAAAACAUAUUAAAAAAUA